GUUACAAAAAGUUGAUGCAUCAUUUCUAAACUGCUCAACUUUGACAACCGAUAUUUUUUUAAUAAAUUAAAUAAAAUUUGAUAAUACUAUAAAUUUAGCAUUAAAUUAAAUAAAUUCAAUUGAUAGCCGUAUGAGAGUACAAAUGAUAAGGACUAAAUGUCAACGUUGUUGCUGUUAAAAUCGUUUAUACCGCAGUGCGGACACAUACAUGUUGAAUUACUAUUAAUAAAUAAAUAUUAGAAGAUUAAUGUUAUAAAAUGAGAUCAAUUUAAUUCUGUUUAUACACUGUAAAGAAUAGAUAAUUUUAAUAAUGUAUAUAUCAUACUUCUGUAUAAGUUUGUUACUUAGCCUGUCAUCAUUGAUUCAUGGGAGCGAAUUAGACUAUGAUGGAUGGCUACAGCUAAGACUAUGGCACGCAUUUAAUGAUGAACCAGAGCCCAUUUUUAUAGAGCGUGGAAAUGUAACCAUAUCCAGUGUCCGCAGUGGUGCAUCUGUCAUUGGACAAAAUGGGUUACUGCAAACCCACAUAACUGAAUUGAAAAAUCUUGCCAAAAAUGAUGGCAAAUACAGGCUUAAAGCAGUAGCCCGUACUUCUUCAGGAAAUGAAAUAACAUUUUUAACUUCUGUACCUGCGUGUUAUCUUCUUGGUUCUGAUCUAGAAGAUGUAAUAACAGUUUGGCUGGAUAGUGCAGCUGAACCAAUAGUUGUAAGCCUCUCCUCGCCAGGUCCUUGUAAUACCGAGAGUCCAUUCACAAAUAUGUGGACAACUAAUGUUAUUGUUAAAUAUCCUGAUGGUGGACCAGUUCCAGACACUGCUACGUACAUUCAGAAACUUGAACGUGAGAGAGAAGCAAGGGAAAGAGGGGAAGCUAAAGAUAACAGAUCUUUCCUUGCAAGAUAUUGGAUGUACAUUGUACCAGCAUUGAUCUUUGUUGUUCUGUCAUCUGCAACAAAUCCUGAAGCUGGAGGAGCAGGGGGAGGCAGUGCCCAAAGACAGUGAGACCAUAUUGUUACAUCUUCAUGUGCAUUAUUGCUCGAUGAGUGUUCAUGUGUGGACCGUUUAUUUAUAAAGUUACAAUGUACUUUCAUAAUUGC